GCAGCCGUGCGUGGCUGGCGCGAUCGGCUCAUUGGCGUUUCUUGUCUGAAAGAAGCAACACGCAUAAAGUUAAUUGCUGCACCUCUAAAUAAUAAUAAAAAAAAAAGAUUAUUUUCUUGAAGGUAGUUAAAUAAAUUCCAUUUUAAAGUUGUUUCAAAAAUGGAGAACUUUGAAAACGGUGCAACAAUUAACUCGAAGGUGAAGUUAUCCCCCAAAUUUACUGCUCCUGAGUCAUCGCGGUCGUCAUCAUCACGUUCAACGAGCAACUUUGAUUCGCAGUCCAGCCAUCGCAGCCCGCGACGUCGGCGCCGCCAUCGCCGUCGGCGCCAUAGUGUAAGCAGGUUGAAGAAGUUGGAAAAAGUGGUAAAAGAUCUUGCCACGUCGGUGAGUGCUUUGCAUGCCCGUAAUCGAGAGAAUAGUGAAUUACGUGAAAGUGACGCUGACGUGUUAUCACUUUUCGCCCCUGAUGAUUUGGUCGAUAACUCUGAUCAACAAAUUGAUUUGCCAUGCUCUAAUUUGAACUUUAAGCAAGAAACUACCCUCAAAUCAUCGGGUGCAAAAACUUCUGAUGCACACGCGGAAAUGUUAUUGAAAUUGCAACAUUUUGAUAAUGACGAUUGGUGUCAGGUUCGUUUUACGGAAGCCCAGAAACGCUAUUUAUCUAGUCCAGGUUUUAUCGAAUUAGAAAGUAAUGACAUGCUGAAAAGGUUUGAACGUAAUAAAUCGUUAGCGGCUACAGAAAAGACACUAGCUGCUCUUUGUCAUGGCUUGAUUAUUCAAAAUGAACAUCUCCAACAAGGUUUUUUGAAUUUAGUUUCUUGGAUGGAGUCUCACCAACAAAUUACGGCUAACCUUGAUCUAUUACAAAUAGUAUGUGGGUGUCGUGCUGACAUUAUACAACAGCGUCGCGAUAGCCUUUUACAUUACGUAAAGGAUAAGUAUGUUAAGGAGUGCUUAUGGAAGAUCCCUCCAACUUUGGAGAAUCUUUUCGAUGAUAAAAGGUUUUCAGAAUGUGUCACAAAAAACGGCGGUGUUGAUAAAGUAUUCAUGCAGAGUACUAAUGUGCCACCUGGUUCACUUAGUUCCAAGAAAGCUCUUGCGCAAAGAGCUUCGCAAGGAAGGUCGCGUAAACCUUUUGAUUCAUCACAUAGCCGGGUGCACGUUACGAGUGGACCAUCAACUAGCACUGCUACCUUCGCGCCCCCUGUGCAAGGGAAAAAGCGCAGAGCAGAGCCCUUUCGGUCCAAAGGUGACAAAUAUUAUAAAAAUCAACAAGGUAAGCGUUCCCAAAGACGUAAUGAUUGACUACCCGUCAUUUCAAGCGGGUCGAUUGGAACGUUAUCUAACUCAUUGAAGAAAGUGGGGAGCACCGAAUCAUGUCCUAAAAAUUAUAUAGGAAUACAGAAUACCAUUUAUAAAAAAACCUCCGUUAGUGCAUCCACAUCGAAUAUCGACUCUAUUUCACACGAGCAAAAAAUUUUCUAUAAUAAAGGAGGUAAAACUACUGCAACGCCAGGGUGUUCUGGAGCCAGCUCCUGUAACACCCAGCUUUAUGUCGAACAUUUUUCUAGUACCAAAAACAAAUGGCGCAAUGCGACCAGUUUUCAAUUUAAAACGUUUAAACAAUUUUGUCCACACAAGCAAAUUUCGAUUAGUCAACAUGUUCAGAGUUCCCGACUUUCUCCAACCAAACGACUGGUUAGUAAAAUUAGACCUUCACAACGCAUAUUUUCACGUCUCUGUAAAACCGGAACACCGUCGCUUCCUCCGAGUAAUAUUGCCAUACGAGCGGCACCCUCGGUGGCAAAUGACCUGCCUCCCAUUCGGGUUAUCAACAGCUCCAAAAGUUUUUGCAACGAUAACGAAUUGAGUGGCGGAGGUACUCCGCAGCAGGGGUAUCAGGGUCCUGGUAUAUUUGGACGAUUUCUGUUUCGCACAUCAGAAUCCAAGGGUACUGCAACAACAGGCAACAUUUGCAAUAACUUUUUUCCGCGAACUGGGCCUGACAAUAAAUUUCCAAAAAUCUGUUUUGAUUCCGCAACGAUCCAUAAAGUUUCUGGGCAUCCAGCGGGAUCCCUGGAACAACAGAAAAUAUCUUCCCUCCGACAAGGUGCUAAAAAUUCGACAGCAAAGUCCCAAACUUCUGUCAUGGAUGAAGGCAUCAUUAAGGCAAGUGCAGUCAUUCAUAGGCCUGUGCAACUUCCCAAGCUUUGUUGUCCCAAGAGGUCGCCUCAACAGCAGAUCUCUCCUUCUCUACAGCCAUCAGAUUCUGAGCGACCAUCCUUCGAUGUUGAGACCCCUACCACAUUAUCUUGUUCCUGUUCUAAAAUGGUGGAUAACUCACGCUGCGAAGCAAACGCCAUUUCACUUCGCCUCUCCGCAAGUAUUCCUGACGACCGACGCCAGCGCCCAGGGCUGGGGCGCGCAAUUGAACGACCUUUAUCUUUCGGGGACAUGGAAGGUACAGGAAAGGGCUCUUCAUUGCAAUCUUUUGGAAAUGUUGUCAAUAGAAAAGGUAAUUCUUUCUCAG